GGCCGGUCCAGGGCAACCUCCAGGCGUCCAUGGAAGCGGAGGGUGGGGAGCCCAGGCCGGGGGCCGCCUCCCCCCUCUGGUGCUGCCGGUAGGGACCGGGGGGUGGCCCGGGCUGGGGCCCCGUGGCAGGUGCAGUCAGUGUGUCCCCUUAUGAAUGGACAUGGCAGGACCUGCUAUACGCAUUGGGGAUCAGCUCAUCCUAGAAGAAGAUUAUGAUGAAACAUACAUACCCAGUGAGCAAGAAAUUCAGGAGUUUGCCAGGGAGAUAGGGAUUGACCCUGAGAACGAGCCGGAGUUGAUGUGGCUGGCCAGAGAAGGCAUUGUGGCUCCUUUACCUCCAGAGUGGAAACCAUGUCAAGAUAUCACUGGCGACAUCUAUUACUUUAACUUUUCUAAUGGCCAGUCCACAUGGGACCACCCUUGUGAUGAACAUUAUAGAGAACUUGUGAUCCAGGAGCGGGAGAAGCUUUCAGCUCAUGGCAGCAUUAAAAAGAAAGACAAGAAGAAGAGAAAAGACAAGAAGGAGAAGAAAGAGAAGAAGGAGAGAGAGCCAAUGAAACAUGCUGCGGAAAUGCAGCCAGAGCCAGGGAUUCUUCCUUCAACAUCCUUUUAUCGAAUGUCCUCUCCCAUCCUGUCCUCUGAGUGUGCAAGUCCUGAUCUAGAUCAGGAUAGCCAGAUGAGAAACGAGGGCUUUCUUAAGAAAGGUAAAGGAAAGACCUCUGAGAGACCACCAGAGACAAGUGACUCAAACAGACAGUUUGCAGGGCCUUCCCCAAAUAAACUGCAGCCACUUCUCACAGCCAAGUCCUGCAGAACUCACCAGAUCUUAGCUGAUGUGGAGAAAAUUUUAGGAAGGACGCCAUCUUUUAGCAGAUCGGAUGUAGACCACCAGCAGGCCCAAGACAAGUCCCCAAAAAUUGGAGACAAGCCUUGUCUUGAUUUUUCUGACUCGGAGUCUGAAGGUUUAGAUGUUGUUAGGACAAAGCCCAUUUCCUACGUGGCAAAGAAAUCGUGUUCACAAGACCUUGAGAAUGGGAGAAGUGUCCCUGAUUCCCGCGAGGUCCUGGAGGACAAAGUUCCGCUCUUUGUGGAGGAAAAGCUGUCUGACAACCGGAAGAAGGAGGAAAUGACAGGAGAGAGUGUCUGUCAGUCUGAUGAAGGCUUAUCGGUCAGAGAAAGAUCAACAGGGCCUGGUGGUGAUAAGGAAAGAGGCCCAGGUUUCUCACAAGCUGAUGAAAAUGAAGCUUUCUUGACUCCCAGGGCCCCUGACCAUAUUUUUUACAGCAGGAAAUGUGAAAUGAUUCUCUUUGAUGCCAGUCCCCCGGAAGACCUGAGUUUGAUGGAGGAGGGUGAUGUUCACUGUCCCCAACGAGAGCUGAGGGCACACAGCAGAGCGGUUGAGAGCAGAAGGAAGAGAAAACUUCAGGAUCAGGCAUUGAGUCAAGCCACCAAACUUUGCAAGAGCAGUGAGGCUGUCGGCAAGCGUGAGAGAGAGAGCUCAAAGCAGGCAGAGUUUGUUGAAUCUGAAGGAGCAGGCCUACAAGCAGCCCCGCAAAAAGACCGAUUAGACAGCCACCCGGCAGUUCCUGAAAUGACUGCAGAUACAUUACCCUACACCAGAGGGGUAGAAGUUUAUGCUCAAGCAGGAGCUGAUGUUUCUGCGUCAGAGCCUGUUUCUCUCUCUGCUGCACAGCACAGAGACAAGGAGAAGGCAAACGGUUUGGGGACUGAACCUUACAGCAGUGUUGCAAGCAACUCAGCUGAUCAUUUUGCAUCACAGAUUUUGGGAGAGGUUGAUAACUUCUCCUGGGAUCUCCAGAGCUCUCGUGAGUCUGACAGACCAACAGAUCUGCUUGCUGCUGCUGCUGCUAAAGGGCCUCUACCCACUCACCCUUUUACAGGAACUCUCCAAACUCCGCCACAAAGCUCAGCCAAUGGAAAGUCGCAGAGUGACUGUAACUCUGAGGAUGAGAAGUUCUAUCAGCAUGUGCAGGAAAACGAUCAAGUAACUAGUCAGGAACAUAGUUGUGUCAGUUUUAACAUGAAACUGAAUAGGUCACGUGAUGCCCCUGAGAAGAACAAUGAGGGCAGACAAGAAGAAACAGGAGAAGGAGAGCAAAAGACAGAGCCAGUUCCUAGAGGGCUAGAGGCAGGUGUGCUCACAGAGGGUUUACAGGUGUCUCCUGGUUGGCUUUAUCAGACAGCUGAGUGCCAGGAAAGCAGCAGGCUCUGUCGGCAGGUGGAAGGAGAGUUGACCCAGAGCGGAAAAGUGACUGAGGAUUACAGCAAACUGGAGCUUUGUGAAGGAGCAGGCAGUAAUGAGUCUCCAGGUUCCCUGCUAGCACCUGUCCAAGUUCCCCUGGGGAGUCUUGCUCCUUUACGUGGUGUCGUGGAUGGUCCAGCCAGUGCCCUCCGUGGCUCGCUAAGCACCAGUGUGGAGAUCUCCGGGGUACCCAGUCCGCUGCUCAGAGAAGGAACUCUGCCUCCACAGACCCUUAAAUCCACCGGCUGCACUAAGAGCUUGCUGGGAUCCAUGCAUGAGGAAAAAGCCUCCUUAAAUCUCCUAGUUCUAGAUGAAGGGGAAAAUGAAGAGGAAGAGAGCGAGAAUCAGAGUCCCCGUGGGACAGCGAGACUGCUCAAAAAUCUGCACAUGGAUAUUAGCGCUCUAGGAGGCGGCUUCGAGUAUGAGAAGGAGUCCUUGAAAGUGAGUCACGCUGAAGAAAGUCAAACGUUUCCCUUGGAUUCUGAUGGUGUGCGCCCUCCGGCUCCGGACAAACUGCUUGACAGAGAUGCUAACAGCAGCCUGUGUGGUCUGAACAAAGAAGAGUCCAGUGGGAAACCCAUGGGGACUGAACUGUUAGAAAAGGAAGAUACUGAUGUAGAAGAUGCAGUUUCUGUAGCUUAUGAACAGUCAGGAACUCCGGGGGAAAGGACAGCGGAGGGGACACAUGUGGUCAGCGGUCAAGGGCAUCCCAUAGCUGCGUCUCCAGAUGUUAGAGCUGCUGAGACAGAUCAGCUGGAAAGUGUGGCUGUCACCAUUGACACCAUGUCUGUCAGUGAAAAGAUUGUAAAUGGAAUGAGGGAAGAAGCAGCUGAUCUGAAAACCGACAGCAAGCUGGAUGCUGGCAAAGAGUCCGAGGCCAGUGAGCACGUGAAAGAAUUGCAGGUUUCUGACCGUUCGGAUCAUGAGCUGCUUCGUCUGAUGGACUUUGGUUUCCAAAGUCGGAUCUCCGAGCAGGUCCUGGAUAUGGGUAUGCUUUCUGCUGCUCUGGACAGUCCCAAGGUUGAGGCCCAGAGGCUGGGAGAAGAGGAAAAGGACCAAAGCAAAGCCAGCUUAGAAGAAGAGCAAAGCAAAAGACCCAAAGUUGCUGAGAGUGAGAGGGACCAGCGCCCCUUCAGUGCUUGCGAACUGGCCGAAGAGAAGUGUUUAAGUUUAGAGAAUGCCAGCCAGGAAGAGACUGCUGCCCUGGAGCAAAAGGAGGGAUCGCUGGAUAAUCCAGAGGAGGAGGAGCCUGCAGCCCUUCACCAGGAACAACUUGGGGAGGAAAUGAAGCAAGUGGUGUCCUUGAAUUGGCCUUCUGCAGAAUCCCUGAAGGAAAUAGCCAGGGAGCAGAAGCAGGAGCUGGAGCAAGAAAAAAUGCGUUUACUGCAAGCAAAGGAGGAGAGGGUUCAGCGAUUCCAGGAGGAGUUGAGGCAAGAGGAGGAGGAAGAAGCUCAAGUGCUUCAUCAGCAGAAAGAAAAGUCCCUCCGGUCUCUUAAAGAGGAGCUGGCGAAAGCUUCUGAGGAGGAAGAGCUGCGGAUGAGAGAGGAAGAGGUCGAGAAGCUCUCAAAGCUGCGAGCCCAGAUCAGCUCAGAGACCGAGACAGAAAAGGAGAAAAUAAGGGCCGAGCAAGAGGCUGCAUUGCAAAAGCUGAGAGAGGAGUGGGAGUCCUUGCGGAAGGUGGAGAGGGAGAGCUUGGAGGAGAGGAAGAAGCGUGUUUUGGAGAUGCUGAAGGUGGAAGUUGAGGAAACACAGCAGAGAGAAGCGACAGAGAUGGAACAGGAGAAGGAGCGAGUCCUGAAUGAGUUAAAGGAGAGAUUAGAAAGAGAGAGAAAAGAGGCUGCAGAAGUGCUAGAGAAGCAGUUUGCAGCUGAGCUCCAGGAGCUAAAAUCUACAGCAGAAGAGAAACACCAAAAGGUUGUUUCCAGCUUCCGGAAGCAAAUAGCAGAGGCCCAGAGGAGUGAGGAGGCCCAGCUGCACGAGGAGUUGGAGAGAGCAGAGCAAAAAGUGCAGCAAAAAAUGUAUCGAGUAGCAGAGUUCGAGCGAGAGCUCAGUGAGCUCAUGAAAGAGAAAUGCCAGCAAGUGGAGAGAGACCAUGACCGGAAAAUGGAGAGGAUGAAAGAGGAGCAUAAGGAAGUCCUGGCGAGGAUUCAAGAUCAGUACGAGGAGGAGGAGAGAAAGCAAAGAGCCAAGAAGCUCGAGGAGCUGAAAGGGGAGCUGGAGCGCCUGAGACAGCUCCAUGAUGGGGAGCUGAGGGCUUUGCAGAAGCAGCUGGAUGAGCAGCUUAGUGACUUGCGGCAGAGCCACAAGGCGAAGGAACGAAAACUCCAGGAGUUGGAAAUGGAACUCGAAAUACGAGCAACAGAUGCCAGGGCCAGAUGUGCUCAGCUGAAUCACCAGGAAGAGGCCAUGAGAAAGAAAAGGCAGCAGCUUCUGGACGAAGAGAAACAAACUGAGCUGCAGAGAAAUGAAGCUGCUUCGGCUGCUCAGCUCCGCCUAGAGGAGUCUAGAAAAGAGCAUGCUGACCUCGUGGAAUCCAUCCGCCAGUUGCGCAGGACUCUGGAGGAGCUUCAAGACCAGAAGGCUGAGUUGGAGUCCCAAGUGGAUCUGUUGCAGACCCGAAGCCAGAGGCUGCAGAGACGGAUCAGUGAACUAGAGGCUGCAGUCCAGAGCAAACAGGAGACCCUGAAGGAGCUGGUAGCCGAAGACAGCAUGGCAUCUCCCAGAAGGGAAGCUGAGCUCCACCUUGAGGACCUGAGAGAGACGCUUCAAGCUCACUCCUCCAGAGAGCCUGCUUCCUUAACCUCGCACAGCAAUGAGGAUAGUGACCUCCAACUCGAUAAUGUCAGACACUUCAUUUCUGCAGAAGGAGUCUCCAUAAAGAACGCCAAGGAGUUCCUGGUGCGUCAGACUCGCUCCAUGAGGAAAAGGCACACUGCACUGAAAGCUGCAAAGCAGCAUUGGCGUCACAACAUGCAGCAGGCACAGGACGCGGUGCAGGAUCCAGAUAGCUCUCAGCUUCUGGAGGACGUGCGUCGGAACUUGGAGGAGGAGUCAGAGCAGCUGGACAAGAUGAAGUCGGCCAUGCGGAAAGGGCAGGUGCUGCUGAAGAAGAAGGAAGAGAAGCUGAGCCAACUGGAGUCUUCGCUGCUGGAGGAGCUUUCUGAUGAAGAUACACUGAAAGGUGCUGCGUGUAAAAAGGUGGUAACCUUUGACCUUAGUGAUUCUGAAGACACACACAGCCUGAGCAGCACAGAUGUACCUCAGCACAAAUUUGACUUGAAACCAGAUGUCCAGUUCCCCCAGCUCGACAAGAUCCAGCACUUGACCAGCACUCUGCAGCACAUCACCGCUGAGCUGAACGGGGUCCUUGGCACCUUGGGCUCUUUGAACCAUCGGCAGCCUCUGCUCUUCGCUCCUGUGCAGGUGCCGAUGCCUGCUCUGCCCAGUGAUGGGGUUCCUCUUUCCACGUACACCUCUUUGGCAAGAGCCCAGGCUGCUGGCCCCAUCGUGCCGCCUGCUGGGAUCCCUUUGGUUAACCAGUGGGCGUGGAGUACCGGUUUGAACUCCAGCCUCUCUUCCACAGCCGGUCAGUCAGUGGACAACAUACUGGCAGAGAAAUGGCGCAAGUAUUUCCCAGGUGGGUUCCCGUCGCUCAGUGGAAGUCCCGCCCCUUUGGACAGCAAUCUAGGUUAUUUACCUGCAGGUGAGCAAAUCCGCCUGUUCCAGCGUUCCCAGCUCCGAGGCCCUGAGACAGACAGUACUAGUGUCCAGGGAAUGAUUGAUGCCAACAAGAAAUGGCUGGAAAAUUUCAAGAAGGAUUCAAAAGUUCCUCUCUUUCCAAGCACACAGAAGCCCUCUGCCAGCAGCCCAGGCCUGGUGCAGCUCGGGCUGGAUGAAAACAACCAGAUUAAAGUGUAUCACUACUAAAAGAUGACGGAGCCCCAGCAGAGAGGGGCAGAGCCUUCCCAGCCCUGUGCCCCAGGAGACAGCCUGGCAAAAGAGCAUCACGGCCGCGCUCUGUUCCCUCUUACAAUACAUUGCGUUGCAGUGGUACCCAGUGGUCUCUCGUCUGUCUUUUUGCUCUGCCCUUGAAAUAAAGUUUCUUUCCAGGAGGAGGGAGGAAGUGGACUUCCCAAGUGAAUUCUUCUAAUCCUGUAAUGUGUCCAAAUAUACUUUAUAGACUGCUUAAUCCAGUGCUGAAAUAUCAGGGCUUCAAUAAAUCAACAGUUCCCUCAUUAGUAUUCCAGCAAUCACCUGAUGGAAAUGUGACUCACCGAGGACUUGGAAUAACUUGUUGCGGGGGAGGAGGUGAAUUCCAACAGGAAACUGUUGCUAGAGGAAAAGAAUGCACUGUGGAUUCACAACAAAGAGGGGUUGCAGGUGACCUCAGACCCAGCCUCUGUGGCACAAACUUGAGCUUGAGAGAAUGAAAAGCAAAUGUCUAUAAUAUUUUUACAUGGAAGAGCACAGUCGAAAGCAAUAUAGUCAGAGCUUCUGGGCACCACAUCCUGACCAAACAGUGUUGUUUUUUUCUUCCUGUUAUAGUCAGGAUUCUUUUUAAUAUCCAAUGUUGAGUUUGUUUCUAGUUGAAAAUGUUUUGUAUUCAGGGGACAGUGGAGGCUAAGCCUCUGGGAAGGGUUUUAACAAACACACUUUGUUUUUGACAGGGCAGAAGCCAUAGGGCCAGACAGGGCCCGGUGGGGAUGGCUUACAGGGCUGAUGCGAUGGAGGAGACCUCCCCACUCCCCCGAACUGUGCGGUUCGAAUCAGGGUGAUUGGAAAAGCCUGUGGUGGGAGUCUGUCUGGAUUCUCUCCCGUCUGGAUUUGCUGAGAGCCAGGCUGGAGGACAUGGUGGGCAGAGGCUGUCGUGAGAGUGUCUCUGGCUGGUCUCCAGCGAUGCACCCAUUGUUACUGGUGUCAGUGGAACUAUAUGAACAGGUGUGGCCUUGAAUAACCACCAGUAAUAGAUAGAGCCCCCGCCAAGCCAAGUCCUCUCACUCCCUGGGGGAGCCCAGCUUCAGACUUGGGCUGGCUUAGGGCCAUUUCCGAUAAGGGCUGAGCUUGACGAUACGCGAGGCAGACUAGGAGCCGGCUCGCUGCUGGGUCUGUAUCUGCUCUGCAGGACUUGUUGGGGAGAGCUGGUUUGGUCAGAGAAACGGCUCUGACUGGGCCGGAGUGGAGGCUGACAUGUUGGAUAAGGUCGUUUCUGCUUUGCACGGUCGCUUUUCUGACUGCAGCCGCCCGUGCUUUUAAGUUCCUCCGUUUGCCGGGCCCCUCCAGCUGGUUUGAGUAGUGUGGUGCAAGCCAGUGUUGCUCCGGAGAGGCUGCUGUUCUGGGGUGGGAAAGGCAUUUCUGUGUCCGAGCACUCGCUCAUGCUGCAGUGCCUGAACCUGAGGAGGCAGCCCUCUGAGACAGCGCAGAGCAGACGAGCAAUGGGAUUGUACGGCAGGGAGGGUGCCACGUAUCUGUCAGCUCCUCAACUGGGGGCCAAUCCCAAGGCCACUGAAGUCCAUUGUGAGACGCUUUCCUCAGCAUUGGGCCAGUCCCUUUGAGUGGCUGCAGCUUGAGUCGUUGCCUUGUGGAAAUGAAAAACCCAUUUGGCGUUUGCCUGAAGACAGCCUUUAAAAAAUAUCAUCCUAUCCUGGCCUCAGUUCUGGGUCAGGGCAGCGAGGAGGAAAUGCAGAGGUGGGGGUAGAGGCUGCAUUUCCAGCUGCUGCGUGGUGCUGUGUCAUUAGCCAUCAUUCCUCCAAGCUGGCUUGGGAUAUUUAUGCUUUUUAAACAACAUUUUUCUUUCUGGCAAUUAUUGUUUGACUAAAAAUCUGCAUUAAAGGGAUGAGAAAUCAUCCUUCAAACAGUCCCUACCAGAGAUGACUGGAAAUUGUAGCUUUCCACCCUUUCAGACUGUUUGCGUUUCUCAGCUUGGAUAGUGAGGAUAGGCUUAAACAGAAAGUGACCUUGUCUGGCUCGUUUUGCUUUCUGAUUCUCAUGCACUAGCACCUGGUUGCAAUAGUUCGGGUUGCAAAUGCUUCAGGGACGUGUUUACACGCAAACCGAAAAAUGUUUACUUAAAUUUUUAAACAAGAGAAAAUGUCUUUUUACAUUUUAUAACUUUUUAAAUAAUACCCAACUUUUUUAAUGUGAGCUACCUGACUUUGUUCUCCUUAAACAAGGCCUUGGGCUGGUUCUGCAGACAGAUCCAGGGGGGUGGAUUUGUGUUCACAGGGUCUGGCACUAGCAUCUGUUACCCCUUUCCUUGCUGGUAAACUGAGGGCAGGUGACUCCCAGAAGCACUGCUGAUAUAACACGGCAUGCUGAUUGAUGUCCUUGCCUAAGGAAAGAAACCCUAGGGCACACUUAGCAGUACGGACUGACCGAGAGGCCUUGAGUGACCACUGAGAACCGCCGCCAGGAAAGAAUGGAUCGUUAUGUAGGUUUCCUGCCCGCUGUACCAGAUCACACAAAUCCUUGCCUGCGGGGAUUUUGCUUUUAGUCUCUCUCAGCUAUUGAGAAAACCACAUGGCAGCCCUCAGCUAUUUUUAACAACAGCCCCACUUGUCCUGGCUUUCCCCAGCACUGAACCCCUCUGCAGUCAUUCGUACAUUAUACCCAAAGCACACGCAGCAGAAGACAUGGAAUUAUACCUGUGCGUUCUAGAGAGUGUAUAUUCGUCGUGUGGGUAAAAGACUAUUUUAGUAACCAAAUUACUGUGUUUCUGUCGCAGGUCUCUUUUCCCCCUUGCCCCUUGUGACGCUUUAAGCUGUAUCCUGUUUUGUAUGCAAAUUAAAUUGACACAGAUCUAUUUUGUACAA